GUUAGACACUUUCAUUUCUAAGGUAAACUUGUUACCAUAUCAUGUCUUCUUUUGAAAUUUGAGCAAUAAUCGAAUUAAAUCGCUUGGAGAGUACCUGGAGUACGGCUUCAUUAUGUGACCACUGGCUGCGCCUUUUUACGCGGCACAAUGGAGGAGUUUUUACACACGGACGACAGCCAGCCCCACAACACGUCGUGGGCCGAGGGGCGCGCGUGGGACAACGGGAGUCACUCCGCCAACGCUUCUGCCAACCCUUUGAAACGUAACGACGAAGUGGCUAAAGUGGAGGUAGCCGUGCUGGGGCUGGUUCUGCUUCUGGCGCUGAGCGGCAACCUGUGCGUGCUGUGGGCCAUCCGCGCCGCCAAACCACGCCAAUCCCGUAUGCUCUACUUUAUGAGGCACCUGAGCAUCGCCGACCUGGUAGUGGCUGUCUUCCAGGUUCUCCCGCAGCUCAUCUGGAAAAUCACCUUCCGCUUCUGCGGACCGGACGUGCUGUGCAGGCUGGUGAAGUACGCGCAGGUGGUGGGCAUGUUCGCGUCCACUUACAUGCUGGUGCUGAUGUCCAUCGACAGGUGCUUGGCCAUAUGUCAGCCACUCCGACCCUUGCGCAGGAGAAGAGACCGCGUGUGCGUGGGCACGUCGUGGCUGUUAAGUCUCAUAUUCAGCACACCUCAGGUGUACAUCUUCUCCCUGCUGGAGGUCGGGGACGGAGUGUACGACUGCUGGGGGGAUUUUGUGGAGCCGUGGGGCGCUAAAGCGUACGUUACCUGGAUGACCCUCAGCAUCUACAUCCUCCCCGUUGGCGUCCUUAGCGUGUGUUACGGCCUGAUUUGUGUCAAGAUCUGGCAGAACGUCAACCUGAAAACCAGGAGGGACCACUUCUUAGGUCUGGCACCCAAUGGGGCGCGUUACCUGUGUCGGGUCAGCAGCGUCAGGCUCAUCUCCAAAGCCAAAAUCCGUACUGUGAAAAUGACUUUCGUGGUGGUGCUGGCCUACAUAGUUUGCUGGACUCCAUUUUUCUUCGUUCAGAUGUGGUCUGCGUGGGAUGACGCCGCUCCACGAGAAGACACAGCCUUCAUUAUCGCCAUGUUGCUGGCCAGUCUGAACAGUUGCUGCAACCCCUGGAUCUACAUGCUUUUUGCCGGUCACAUGUUCCAGGGCGUGAUGUGCAGCUUUUUCUGCUGUCGGCGCAACGGGAAGGCAUCCCCGUGCAGCCGCCCCGAUAACAACUCCUCCGCGUACGCCAUAAAGAAAGACAGCAGUCACAGGAGCCUCUCGCACACGUCCAGCACAGGCGGGCCGGCACAUUGAGACCUCAGCUGACAGGCGAGUAAAGCUGGAGGUGUCCUACAGAGCAGAGAAAGUGGAAAGGCAGCAGGACCAAAAAACUCGUUUCACGAUACCCCAUCACUCCGUAUUCAAUAAAAAUGCACGUUUCACUGAAGUGCUAUCUAAACACUUGACAAUUGUAUACAAUUUCGAUGUGAAUACUAAGGGAGAACAGUGAAGCCUGGCUUCUCUGUGCUUUUGUUGUGUCUUCAAUGACAAUCAUACACAACUGUAAAAUAUGUUAUUCAAACAUCUACCACACUUUUCAGUUAGUAGAAUAGAAGCCGCUUUCAACAAAAGAAUAACAUUAUGGCAACCCUGGAUCACUUUCUUAAGUGGUCAACAAUAGUGGUGGACCACCCAGGACACUGCUCAUUUUUACUUUAAUAAUAUUAUGAUUGCAAUUUCCAAGGAUACAUGCAAUACAAUAAAGAACCAUUUCAGUCAACUAUGGAUGUUUUGCAUUUAUGAGGUUGUGCUAUUGCUUACUCAGUGCAAAUAUCAAACAAAGCCUGAGGCAUAACAUUUGUGUAUUUUGUUUCACAGAUUAAUGUUUUCAAAGGCAUUUGUGAGACCACCAUUUCUGUCAGUAUCCCUUUGCAUUCAAGUGUAUUAGUGAGCCGUAUCCAAAGUACUGUCAGAUUCAAGUCUGCAUAUGAAUUGACUGCCUCUCUGUGGUUGUAUGCUAGAAGGAAGGGGAACAGUUUCCUACUGUGUAAUUUGAAUGUCUCUUAUGUUGAAUGUGACUGAAUGGAAAGUGCAAAAACAGAAGUUUAGGGCAAGAAGUCAUGUAUAUAUUAUCCGUCCUAGGUAGAUGACAGAAAAACUACAGUAUGUUGAUUCUAAGACAAAUCAAAUCUCUUGUAAUAUAAUAUGACUUUGUAAAUAAUGAACUGCAUUUUCUAUAAGGCAUAAUAUAAUAUACACCUUGAAUGAAUGGCCUAUCUGAAAACUGUUUCAUAUAUAGGGCGCUCUCAGGGCCGUUCCUGACCAAUUUGGUACCCUAGGCAACAUAUUUGAUGCCCCCCCCCCCCCCCCCACCACCAUUUUCACCACAAACAUUCAAACGCUCACACUGAAAAAGCACAUUACCUCUUUGUAAUUUAUUAUAUAAAAAAAGACAACGAACACGUGCAGAAAUUAAAAGAAAAAUGCUCUAGUAACUAUUCAAAAGCACCAAUUACAAAACACUUCAAAUACAAAUGAAUAAAAUAAAUUACAAAUGUUAUUACAAUAUGAUUGACUCCCACCUACACAAACCUAUAUAAAGAAACACAGAACACUUUAAAAUGCAACUUUUUUUUUUCACCUUGACCUAUAACCUUGCUCACCUUGUCUUCACUGAUGCAAAAGCAUCUAUUGCACUUUCAUAUGACAGUUGUUUUGGAAGGUGCACUUCUUUCCUGGACUUGGUAUUGAUGUGGAUAAGUUCGCUGUAAAAGAUGGCCUAGGAUUUAGAGAGGUAGAAGGAAAAUAUUUCAGAAGAGCAUCUACAAGGAGAAGAAAGUGGAAUGUUACAUUA